GCGCAUUUGUCGACCAUCGAUUGCUCUGUGAUCGACUGUCACGUCUUCAUUCACAAGCAUUGGGUACCACAUGGUGGCAAAGGGGCUCCAUACAGAGUGAAGUUCGCCAGUAAUCACAUGUGUUUUCUUAAUAGUUACAGUCUAAUAAGAUAAAAUGUCGCAGGUACAGGCCCGGUUCUUCACCGAAAACAAAAAGUAUCUAAUAGAUGAUGUUCCAUUCUCCAUCCCUGCUGCCUCGGAGGUGACGGACCUCAGUGCUGUCAUCAACAAACUGCUGGAAGCUAAGAAUGAUGGACACAAACAUGUUGAGUUUGAUUUCCUGGUUCAAGGUCAGUUUCUCCGCACUUCACUGGCCAGUCGCAUGGAGACAGAGAACAUCUCAACGGAAGACGUGGUGGAAAUAGAAUAUGUUGAGAAGUUCACAGCCCCACAGCCAGAGGAGUGUAUCAUGCAUGAUGACUGGAUCAGCUCGGUGGAGGCAGAUUCUGAAUGGAUCCUCACAGGCUCGUAUGAUAAGACUGCACGGAUUUGGUCUAUGGAAGGGAAGGCAGUGAUGACUGUGGCUGGACACACUGAUGUUGUGAAGGAUGUAGCCUGGGUGAAGAGAGAUGGUCUGAGCUCUCUGCUCCUGUCCGCAUCUCUGGAUCAAACAAUCAUGUUAUGGGAGUGGAAUUCCGAACGGAACAAAGUGAAGGCCCGACACUGUUGCCGUGGACACGCGGGAAGUGUAGACACAGUUGCUGUCGACCCCACUAGGACGAAGUUUUGCAGUGGCUCAUGGGACAAAAUGCUUAAGAUAUGGUCAGCAGUGCCAACAGAGGAAGAGGAUGAGAUCGAGGAACCCAACAGGCCUCGCAAAAAACAGAAAACAGAGCAGAUGGGGCUCACGCGGACUCCCCUCAUGACUUUCUCUGGUCAUAAUGAGGCAGUGUCCUCUGUGCUCUGGAUGGACGCUGAGGAGCUGUGCAGUGCAUCAUGGGAUCACACCAUCCGUCUAUGGGAUGCAGAGACUGGUGGACAGAAGAAUGCAAUAACGGGCAGUAAGGUUUUCAACUGUAUCUCAUACUCUCCACUGUGUCGCCGUCUGGCCUCGGGCACCACCGACAGACAUGUGCGUCUAUGGGACCCAAGAUCUAAAGACGGCUCUCUAGUUCUCCUGUCUCUAACGUCCCAUAACGGUUGGGUGACGGCAGUCAGGUGGUCUCCAUCUCACGAGCAUCAGCUGGUGUCCGGAUCUCUAGAUAAUGUGGUCAAACUGUGGGACACAAGGAGCUGUAAAGCUCCACUGUAUGAUCUUGCUGCCCAUGAAGACAAAGUAAUGUGCGUUGACUGGACAGAGAAUGGGCUGAUUUUGAGUGGAGGAGCAGAUAACAAACUCUACACAUACAGAUACUCGGCAUGUGUCUCGGAUGCAGGAGCGUAGAACAGUCUUCUCUGGUGCCAGCUGUCCUUUUACUUUGGAAUCGUCAUUGGGAACAUAAGCAACAUCAACUUUUACUUUAUAACCAACAACAAACUCUUACUUUAUGAACCAGCUACAAACAUACAACAAAACCUCACAGCCUUACGAGAGACAAACACAUAGUUCAUGAACAAAUUGCUGUGCAAAUCAUGUGUAAAGCUAUUCUUAUGUACAUUGUCACAUUCAGUUCAUUGGAGUGCUUUACAUAUGAAUGAAUGGUUUCAAGAAUCAUUUGCUCUAAUUUGAUGAGCUUCUGUUCAAUGAAUUAGGUCUCAUCCAACCUCAUUCAAUGUGACAAUUUACAUAACGGGUUUACCGAUGAUUUACACACAAAUCAAUAAGUUCUGCUCAUGUUUUAUGAGUAAGGCACAUAGUCUUAUGUUUAUUGUUCACAGUGAUAUUCAGUGUUUAAUGCUCAAUACAGCAUCUGAAACCAGUCAUGUGUCAGUUUUUACUCUGUUGCCUUUUCAUAACAAAUCAUAAAAGUUAAAAUUGUUCAAUUGUUGGUUAGUUGUGUGGUAAAUUGUGACGAGUUCUGUAGUUUUAAUAAUUUUGAAUUUGAAAUGAUAUAUUUUGUUUGUUCUUUCACGCAUAACGUCCUGUCUUUAAAUAUGAUACUGUUCCAGAUAAUGUUGAUCUCGGGACUGUACUGAAGUGAAAUAAAUUCUAAAUUACAGUUAAAA